GUCGAACAUUGCUUCCUGAUGCGAACGACGAUUUCAACGGCCUCAGAUACAACCAUCCCGAAUCACCAUGUGACGUGACCGGUCUGGAUCCUCCAUAACACCACCUCUUCACUUCCCCUCGACGCGCGAACACGUGAUUGCGCGUGGCUGAAGGGGCGCCGUAUCGCGACAGGACAGACACCCAUCGCCCGGAGUCGCGCUGUAAGCCCGGGCAUAAGGUGACUGGACCGAUGGCCACCAGGAACGGUGUCACCAAUGCGCCGGCUGCGCCUCUCUUCCAGGGGAAGCAGUUUUGGUUGUCUCACAAUAUUCCCCAGAGAAACCGCUUUAAGGAACUCAUCCAGAACAAUGGGGGCAUCAUCAGACUGCAGGAAAAGGACGCAGACAUUAAAUUGGUCGACCACCUGAAAAGGAACCUUCCUUCAGAUACAUACUCUUACAAAUUUGUCGAAGCCUCGCUGGCCAAAGGCGAGUUGCGGAACCUGGAUGACUACAGGGCCGGGCCUUCUGCACCACGCCCCGUGGGGGCUACUUAUAUUCCGACCAGAGGUCACAAAGUCCCCUACACCCUCCAAGAUGACCAAUUACUCUGGGAUUGGAUGGAACCUUUUGAAAGAGACCCGAGGGCGUCAAUCAAAGGCAAUAAAAUCUACCAGGAACUUGCGGCACAGAAUCCGAGGCACACCUACCAAUCAUAUCGGGAUCGAUAUCUGAAGAGACUUCAGGGACGCCCACGUCCAGGCGGGCCAGCAUCCUCUGUGCCUGCGCCUGCCCCCCAGGAGGAGCCCGUCACCAACCCCCCGGUCGUCAAUCCCCCUGUUCGGGCAUCGCGGCCUCAAAGUCGACAAACAUCUCCCCCUAGACCAACUGCCGACAUUCCGAAGGAAAGAAAACGAAAACGAGCUUCCGAUCAUAAUACUCAUGGAGAAGGUGUGGCGAAAGAAGUCAGCGCCCCAAACCUGAAGAGAAGAACAAUCAUAACCAACAACGAACUUCCGGACCCUUUCACCGUCCGCGUACAAACAGGAGAAGCCGCAACAACCCAGGAGAGGCCGCAGCCCAUGAAAGCAACCAACGGCCAGCAACCAAACCCUAAUGAAAACGACGCCGGAAAGCAGGGCGGUACUGACGCGCAACGUCCAGCUAAUGAAUCGCCGAAACCUUCUUCUCAGAUAGACCCAUUGUUUCGAGAGCUUCCCUUUCUACCGCUCGACGAUGAACUGGAGCCAGACCGUCCUGAGCAAGAUAUUGAUGCGUGGAUCGAUGAGCGUCUGCGGACUGGCAAGGCUCAGAAUGUGAACCAAAUAGUCGAAGCGUUAAAGUGCACCAGCAUGGAUCCAGAUGUGGCUGACAAGGUCCUCGCCUGCUUGGCAGCCGGGAAAGGCAUACCGGACGACUUGCCAGGAGUGUGGACGCCGGAGGAUGACAAGGUGGUGGAGGGAACCGAUGCCCGCGCCAUCAAGCUAGUUAUCGAGAAGCACGGCUCGGACGCAUAUAACGCCCGGUGGGAGUACCUUAGCAUGGCCAGGAAUGCCGGGCUUGUAGAUACCCAGGAAUAGAACUGUCACAAUUUGGACAUUUCGAAGACGUCUGCUAAAGUACAGGAACGCUGGAACGACUAAGAGACAAGAGAUGAAAUCCGGAAAUGUGAUUGAUACCAACAGAAGAGGAAUAAGGCGGAUGGGCUCGUGGCGCCUGAAGCUGUCGGUCUAGCCUCCUCCCCUGGCUUUCUAUCGAUUCUUCGAGAAGGCAUCGAUCGCCGUUCAGGUCGAGACCAC